UGUCUUCGUACAAUAUAGCCGUUGGACUUUGCUCUCCUCUGCUUUGCUCUGCUCUCAGCGAUUCUCCGAUGGGGGUUGGGGCUGUAACGACCCUACAUUCCAGACCUCUAUUCGCCGGAGUUUCUCCUCGCCGUAUUCCAUUUCCUCCGACCAACGGCGCUUUUCACUUCCCUCUGUCUUUCCCUUCCUGCCCUAAACUCCGAUCGUUUUCACGGACCAUUCGUGCCGUCGAGAGUUCGGGCCAGGCGAAUUCUGAUGGAAGUAAUCAUGGAAAGAUUUUUAAUUCAGUAAAUUCGUUAUCUUUGACAAAAGCGCUAUCAAACUUUGUGGCAUCUAACUUCCUUCCAAUAGCUCUGAUCAGCGGAGUAGCUCUAGGAAUCACAAAUCCUACCCUUGGUUGUAUUGCACACAGAUAUUCCUUAUCGACAGUUAGCACUUUUGGAAUUUUUAUUAUUUCAGGGCUGAAGUUGCAGGGUGGGGAAAUUAGAGCAGUUGCAGAAGCAUGGCCUGCAUUAGUGUUUGGUCUAGUUUCUAUUCUGUUGCUUAGUCCAUUCUUCUCUAAGAUAAUUUUACAAAUUCAGCUUGCACCUCAAGAAUUUGUAACAGGGUUGGCUAUUUUUAGCUGCAUGCCAACAACUCUGUCAAGUGGAGUGGCACUAACACAACUUGUGUGCGGAAAUGCUGCUCUGGCUCUUGCUAUGACAGUAAUGUCUAAUCUCUUGGGCAUUCUAAUUGUGCCUUUUUGGAUAUCACGGUUCUUAGCUAAUGAUUUUGGCGCAUCCAUCCCUACUGAGAAGCUGCUUUGGAGUCUUAUUUUCACACUUCUAGUCCCUUUGGUUUUGGGGAAGGUAUUACGAAGUUGCUUCCAAGGUUUGGCCACAUAUGUUGAUCAGAAUCCUAGAAUUUUUUCAGUAGCCAGUACGAUUCUCCUUAGCCUUACACCAUGGAUGCAAGUGAGUAAAUCAGGAGCCUUGCUCUUAAUGGUUAACCCAGUGGUAUUUCUUGAAGCUAUUGGAAUGGGAAUACUCGGGCAUAUCAUCUUAUUAGGUUUUAACGCCAUUGCAUUACAGUCUUUGUCAGCUAUCUUUGGUAGGGAAUCAGUUUUUGGGAAAAAGGAGAAUGCUCGAGCCCUCUUAGUAGUUUCAAGUCAGAAAGCACUGCUUAUUGUAGUAGCAGUAGUGGAGCAGCUUGGUGGUGCACUUGGUGAAUCUGGGUUGCUUGUUAUUCCUUGUGUUGCAGCACAUAUUAACCAGAUUAUCAUCGACUCAUUUCUAGUUAACUUUUGGCUUCAGAAAGAUCAAUCAUCAAGCAAGAUAAGGAAAUCAUGAAACAUGAUCCACAUCAAUUAACAAAUAUCUCUAGAGUAAAUUCUUUUCUUCCUAUUCCAUUUACUAGCUUCAAAGCCUGUGUAAUUGCCAAGUACUGCAUGUAAUCUUGUCUUUGCUAGUUGAUUUGGGCCAAACCAUCACAUUUGCUUGCUAGUUCUUCUUUGCAUAGCUCAAGGAUUUUAUCUUAGAGAUCGGGUUAAUCGUUUGGCAAGGUAUGUUGCAUCCCAGGUUUGCACAUGUUGACUUCAUGUAAGAUGAUUGUUUCAUUUGAAAAAUAACCUUUUUAUCUGAAAGCCAUGCAAUAAGAAUAUCGUAUUAUCCCUUU